UAUGUAACGUGACUUUUCAUUGGUAUACGUCAAAAUGUCACGUGACCAAAGCAAAAUGGCGAAAAGUAUUUUCUUUUUGUUGAUGAGUUGAAUUUUAGACCGAUUAUAUCCAUAUGUCUGAUUAUGACAAAUCAAACAUAAUGCAGACUGACCCAAAUAAAGAUAAACAAUUUAAAAAGAAGAAAAGUAGAACAUGGAUCGAGGCUGCGAAAAUCGUUUUAGAAGGUAAUCCCCAGACGCCUAUGAAUUGUAAAACAAUCCUUCAGAGAAUAAAAGAUGACAACUUAAAGGAUAUUAGUGGUUCAGUACCAUUAGCAUGUUUAAACUCCUGUCUAGAUACCAACUCACGAGGCAAAGACAGUGUGUUUUAUAAAGUGUAUGGAAGAGCAGACGUGUAUGGACUAAGGAGUGAUUUGCCGGAUGGUUCUGAAGUAAUCAGUGUAAAGGAAGAAGAGGAAGAUAUACAAAUUACAGACAGCACAUUUCCUGAUCAGAAAAAAGAAAAUUUGGUAUAUGUCAAGUUACCCAGUGGUAUCACAACUAUACCACUGAAAGAUGAGGAAGAAAAUGAAGAUGAUGAUGAUGCUAGUGAGAUGGAUCUUCCCCCUCAAGUGAAUGGAGAGAACAAAAAUAACAUGGAAACAACAAAUUUACGUCGUAGUAUAAGACAAUCAUUAAGACAGAAGAAAAAGAAACUAGAAUAUCCCAGGAUUAUCAUCAAACCCAUUCAACCUCCUCCCAAAGAGGAGAAAAAAGAAGAACCAAAGGAAGAAAUAAUAAUAGAUGUUGCGGAUGACAUUCCCCAGCAGAAUGGUAAUCAAAACUCAGAAGACUCAGAAACAGAUAGCUCACAAUCUCAGAGACCACAGACAAUGAGAGAAAUUCUAGCUGGUAUUCCCGGUUUUAGUAUGAGGCCAAGGAAAAGAACUAAGAAAUUAAGCCAUGCUGCACAAAUUGCCCAAACAAAAGAAGGUUGUAUAGACUUAGAAACUCCUGAUUCCAUACUUGUGACAACAAAUCUAAGGACUUUGAUUGAUAGACAUACCUUUGAUUUGUUACCACCAAAUUACCAGUACAAAUUACUUCAACUGUUACCUGAAUGUGAUAGAUGUAUAGGCACAGACAGUGGAAUGAGGCUAAGUUGUACAGCUUUUAAUAAUGAAUUUUUUGCCAAAGCAUGUCAAGAGUGGACACAAAGAUUAGCAGAUGGAGAAUUGACUCCAGAAAAUCAAGGCAGAUUAAAACAGGAUGAAGAAAGAGAACAGAGUAGAUUAGAUCCUUGGAAGGCAAAACACUUUGAACCAGUAUAUGGUAAAAGGAGAAUCAAGCAUGAAGUUCCUAAAGCUGAUAUGCCUUCACCAACAUCAGAGCCACAUCCGAUGGUUAGUAGGAAACCUCAGAUUAAAAAGGCUACUAUUGUAGCUAAUAUGUUGAAACAAAGGUCAAUAUUUCAGACUGUCAAUAGAUUAAAAGAUAACCAUGACUCUCCUGGUGGACUGUUAUUAAAAGUUGUUCAAAAAGAGCAUAAAAGUGAGUCACAUGCAAUCAAACGGCCUGUGUCACCUUCAAUAAAACAGGAGGAUGAUAUUGCUAGUGUAAGUCCGAUUAAAAAAGCAAAGACUCCUCCUCCUAUUGUAACACAGAGUAUAGGGACGUACAAUCAUCCAAUAGUUAUAACAGAAAUGUCAGAAGCAAUAUCAUCAAAACCUCAAGUUUCUUUGUUGACAUCAGCAUUGACUACCUCUUUAACGCAGCCUGCUAUCAUCAAACAUACCUCUCUUCAAGCUUCUUUGAGUCAGCCUCCAAGAACAACCUCUUUACUGCACAAUAUUCCAAUUAUUCGACCCCCAGCUCAGACAAGAACGCUUGCUCAGAUAAAAGUGACAAAUGCUGUGCGUUCUCAAGGAACAAGAACAUUAGCUCAAAUCAAAGCUCAGACAAAGGCAAGAGUGCAGAUGCGAAAUGUUCAGUUAAGUCCCCAAAGUGAUCACAGUCCAAUACAGAGUCCACCAAACAGACAUAUCCCAAAUAUAAUGCUAGGUAAAAAACUAUCUCCUAUAAAUCUUGUCAGUAAAGCAUCGAACAUCCCAAAUAUCAUACUGGCUAAAAAACAAUCGCCAGUAAAUAAACCGGCUCUUCAACCAGGAAGUAAGACACCUGUCAAAUCAUCAGAUCAAGAGAAGGAGGAGCUAACAAAGGAUGGAAUUAACUUGAGGCGGUCAAUGGAGAUAUGUAAAAAUACUAGUGUGAGUGGAAUAAAUAUUAAACGCUCAAUGGAAAUAUGUCAGAGUGUUAUACAAAAAACUAUGGCUCAGUUUCAAUCUGAGAAUCCACAACUAAAUGCUCCAGAAAUGUGCAAUAUGAACCUGAAAUCUCAAUCACCAGUUAAACUGGUACCUUUAGCUAAUCACAUAAGUGCCUCAAAAUUAUUAUUGACCACAUCUUCAAAUCUUCAGACUUCAACAAGUUUUGUAAAUUCUAGUGCUUCAAUUAAAUCGAUAUCAGGUGCUAAAGAGGGAGGAUAUGUGGUAUCUGUGACCCGUGUGCCAUCUACAACAGUAGCGCCUGCAAGUGUAGUAACUGUACCAGGAACCAACACAAAGUUCCUGAUACCAGCAGGAAAUACUCUUUCAAACCAAGCGUUAAUGCAAUUGAUUUCAUCUUCAGGUUUAAGUACUGUUUCUUCAUCACCAGCCAGAGCUUCGAGUGCUCCACCUAUUAAUAAUGUGCAGAUACAAAACCUAGUACGCUCUGCUAGUGUUGGUUUGAAUGAAUCAAGUGCCCCUUUUCAACCAAAGACUUCUGUUACUGAUACUACUACUUUAAAUCUUAAUACUUUAACACAAGAACAGUUGAAUUUUUUAUCCAAGAGUGGCACUGUUACCACAUCAGGUCAUAAAACGCCACAAAUAUUGAUUCAGAGACCUUCUUCAGCCAAUCAGAUCACUCAGUCAGGUGACAAACAAGUUACAAAAAUUGUGGUUUGUAGUGCUGCUCAAUUGGUUCAACAGCUCAGUGCUAAACACAAUACUGUCAAAGUGGCAUCUCAAUCAAAUCAAAAUAUAAAAGUGGUACCAAACAAUGGUUCUAAGGAUUGUGCAUGUAAUCUUAAAGCUAUGAUUAUGUGUAAUAAAUGUGGAGCAUUCUGCCAUCAUGACUGUAUAGGAUCAUCAAGACUUUGUGUAAACUGUGUAAUAACAACAUGACACAGUAUGAUUAUGUGUAAUAAAUGUGGAGCAUUCUGCCAUCAUGACUGUAUAGGAUCAUCAAGACUUUGUGUAAACUGUGUAAUAACAACAUGACACAGUGUAUGAUUAUGUGUAAUAAAUGUGGAGCAUUCUGACAUCACGACUGUAUAGGAUCAUCAAGACUUUGUGUAAACUGUGUAAUAACAACAUGACACAGUGAAUGCUUAUGUGUAACAAAUGUGGAGCCUUCUGACAUCAUGACAGUAUAUUGGAUCAUUAAUAGUUUGUGCAAACUGUUUAACAACCACAUGACACAGUGUAUGAGUGGAUGAUAAAGAACCUGUUCAUUCUUUAUUUGUAAUUUUAAUUUUUUUUUAUUUAAUUUAUUUUUAACAGAAAUGUACAUUUUUGUCCUUAAAAUUUUUCAUAUCAAAACAUGCAUUAACUAUGAUGAUUUGUUGCUCAAAAAACUUAUUUAAGCCGCAGAUUCUGUGUUUAUGUUAUUUUAAACAAAUGGCUUUUGGAUGCUUAUUUCGAAUGGUAUUGACCAAUACCAUUUUACUUUUCAUUAUAUGAAUAAAAUAUGAGGCAGCAACCUACAACAAGAAUAUCAAAAAAAUAUCUAGAAAGUAAUUAUCUUAACUUUAACAAGACAUACAUCAUACAUGGGAUUUUUUUUCUAUGUUCGCAGAAACCAUGAUGUCCAUUGCAUUUAAAAAUGAAAGCCUUUGUGGUUAACAUAUGAUGUGUGCCCCCCCCCCCCCUCAAACAAAAAAGGAAUAUCUAAGACUGUAAAAUAGUAAGUUCUCAAUGUCAUGAUGUUUUCUUAGUACUUUUUUUUUAUAUACCUGACACAAAACAAGCCUGUACAUGUACCUCAGAAUUUGGAUAAAUACAUACAUUAUACAGGUCAAUAUUGAAUGUAAUUAAAUUUUGUCCUCUAACAUUUCUGAGACCAGUAUUAAUGACAUGAUUAAAUUUAGACAGAAAUUGUCGGAGCAUUUUAGCUGUUAAUCAAUUACAUUAGUUGGGAUAUUAGUUAGCUAAUCAUUGAAGAUUUAGGAAUUAAAUUGUGUAAGAAUAGCAUUUCAUUUGGUCCAUGAAUAAUAAUUUUAAUUAAUAUUGAUGGUUAGAGCCGCUAGAUUUACAUGAUUUAUAUACUGAUAUAAGUGAUGUUUUUGUUAUCUGACAUGAGUUCCUCAAAUGUUUCAAUUUAACAUCUAUCCAUAAUUGUGGCUGCCAAUAACCUCCAAUUUUCUUUUUAUAAUUUCACAAAAAUCCAACUGAAAUGUGAUCCUGUUUAUUUUUAAAAGAUUUUGACAUCUGUAUUCAAGAUAUAUGAAAAGAACAACUGUUACCUGCAAAACAAAUGCAUAUAUAUUAUAUCACAAAAUCAUGCACACAAACAUGAAACUUACCUGCCCUGAAAACAAAAUGAUGUACUUUAGCAAAUGUCUUUCAAUAUAUAAAAAAUAUUUUGGAACAUUGUUGAUUUUGAACCUUUCUAAAUACUUUUAUAUUUUGAUUGAUGCAUAUGAAUAGUUGUAGCUUUAUGCAAGAAGUUUUACAUGUUAUAUUGUUAAAAAUGACUGAAGUAAAUAAUAUGUCUCAAAUUAAAUACAGGAAAUUACCUCAUUUUCUCUCAUGACUAUGCAUUAGAACAUGUUUGUAGAAGAAUAUUGCAAAAAUUGGAGGAUAAAAGUAAUAGUAAAAAUGUUUGAUAUGAAAUGGUGCUUUUGACAAAUAUAGCCACAUUGGUGUGAAAGUUUGUACAUUGUAAUUUAUCAUAGAAUCAUUGCAUCAUUUUAGUACAUGUAUGUAUCAUGUAUAUGAAAUAACACACAAGUGCAGAACUAUUUGCCCAUCAAUUUUACCUUUGAAGUCUGUAUUUUAAUAAGAGCGCUGUCACCUUUUAUUUUACCAUUUAUCACACAUAUACAUGUAUGUGUUUAUAAUCAUAUGGCAAUGUUGGUAAACAAAAUCUUUCCAUUCUAACUGUGUUUUUGAUUUAAUUAUGAUUUAUAAUGCGCAUUGUCGUUUUGUGCAUAUGGAAGUUUCUGUCAUGUUUUGAUUUCUUUAAUUUUCCAGUUAAUGCUUUUAGAGAUUUUUGAAGAAGAUCGUAACUAUAUUUGUUUCCAGUGCUUAACAUUCAUUUAAAUAGUUUUGGAAAGAUAUUAAUCAAAAUGUAAUCUACUGUGGUCAUUUUGUGCAUAGUAAUUAUGAUUUGUAAUUUAUUGGGUUAUCAAUGAAAUAGAUGAUAUUGUGAGGUUUUAAAAUCAGUUUUACACAUUUAUAAUUUAUGGAUCAUAGAGCACAUUUGAUGCAUAUAGGAGAAGGUUUGUCAUUUUCACUCAUAUGAUCAUGAGUACCAUAGUGCUGUUAUUAGCCAUUAAACUUUAAAGAUGUUUGAUUUGUUACGUUUUUUGGUACAUGAUGAUUAAGUGGACAACUGAUUCUGGCCACUUGGCAUGUUCAUGUAUCAUGAAGAGUGUAAAGCCUUAUGAUUAUCAAGAUAAAUGAUUCACUGAGUUUUCCUGUUUUAAGUUAAGUAUUUAUGUUAUCUUAUUUUGGGUUAGUAGAUCAAUACUAUAAGAAGAAUCACAUACUCAUUUUGAACUGUUUUCACUUCGACAUGUAUAAACCUUUUGGGAAACAGAUGCUUAUUUUGUCAGCUUAUCAAGAUUUAAGGUCACAAAAGUUAAAUAAAAUACAUUUUUUAUCAUUUAAAUUGGUUGUUUACAUGAAUGAAAGAAAAUUGAUUAUUUGGUAAAUUUUGUCAGAUGGUAUGGUAACCUAUGAUGAUAGUAGCUAACUUCAUUUAGUUUCUCAUAGAAUUGAGAUGUGUUUUUCCUGUAUCAUAAAUUCAUUCUUUUAAUUAUUCAACCAUAUUCAGAAGUAAUCAUAAUUUCUUAUCAAAAAAGUUAUCAAUUUGUCUAUGAUUUCUUUUUAAUUUUGUUCAUAUAUUUCAAGUCAAACAGUUUGGAUUACCUACUAUUAAAGUCCCAGUAAGGAGCAAAAUUUCAUUCUAUCAAUUGAGUUGUAAUCUUUUUAAUCUUGAAAAGUAUUUGAGUUUGUUUCGUUAAAAUAAUUUUAGAUUUGAGUAGACAACUAACAAAAUGAGUUUGAUAGGAGUGAAUGUAAAAUAUUUGAGUGUUUGUAUUUUGUAAAGAUAUGAAAUUUAUUUUCAAAUGGGAUGAUAGAUUGUUUUGAAUACUGACUUUCAUAUCAAAUGAUUUGUUUGUAUAUAUGUAUGUAAAUAUGUGAGAAUGAUAUUUAUUUUUUAUUCUCUUUGCCAUAUGUGUUCUUAACAAUAUAAUUUCUACAGACAUGUGUGAUUGAGUGUGCACUCUGUCUUUUUAAUGUUUAUGCAUACUUUAACUUUACUGUAUAUUUAUAAUUAAAAAAAGAAAUUAAUUAUUUAUACAAGUAUAUCUUCUUAGCCUAUUAGUGAAAUGAUUUUAUUUUCUCCCCCAAAAGACCUAGCAUUUAUAAAUGAAUAUACAAGAAUAAGAAAUAGUUUUACAUAAUUUUUGAAGAAAAAAAGACCAUUAGUUGGUUACUGGUAUUCAGACACAGUAUGGUAAACAUUUCAUUCUGUUUAAGCUUUCAUUUACUCUCUGUUUGAAGACACAAGUGUGUUAUCCUAACAUAAUCAUGAAGUUUCUUGUGUUAAACAUAAAUUGAUUAUUUUUUUCUCAUAUGCAGGGGUAGUUUCAUGUAAAAUGUACAUGUUUUCAAGUGCAGGGGAAGUUACAUGUACAUGUAUUUUCCAUUGAUAAUUUGUGAACAUAAAAUUAUUACAAAGA